AUGGCCGGAAAAACUGUUUCGGAUGAAGGUUGCGUAAUAUGUGGAUGGACUCAUGACCAGCAAUCGCGAUGUUGUUAUGACAAUCACCUCAAGCUGUUCUACGCCGCACAUGAGCGCCCUGACGAUGGAUCGAGGAAUGAAGCGAAAGCACUGGAGCUCCUUGCCUCUUACCCCCAUAUUCCAGCACGGGAGCUCUUGCGUGAUUGGGUCGAUCGAGACGGCCGUUACUUCAUGAUACAAAAACGAAUGGAUGGGGAUACACUGGGAAAAGUCUGGCCUACACUAUCACACGACCAGAAAGUCGCCAUCGCAGACCAGGUGGCUGGCAUCUGCAAGCAUCUACAGUCCAUUACAUCGUCGAGUAUACAAAGGGUUGAGCGAAGUGUCUGCGCUCCAGCUUUGCUCUUUUUUAUUUCCGAACCUCGUGGUCCUUUUCACUCUGACCUUGAACUAUGGAUUACCAUUAGCCUCACCCUCCACAACCCACCUGAAAGAUCAUUCCCUCAGAAAGCGUUGGACGGCUUAAAGAAACGUUUUCCUAAAUGCGCACCUUACGUCCUCACUCACUGUGACCUCAAUAUAGGGAAUAUCAUGGUUAAGGAUGGGCAGCUUGUUGGCAUCCUGGAUUGGGAGACAUGCAACAUACUAUCCCGUAUGCGUCUCGAUCCACAUGAAGAUGCAAAAAGAUUUUGGAUGGAUUUGUAUCAUUUGAGAAAUUAUCCAGAUUUGGAUGAAAGAGGCCAGGAAGUCCUGGCUCGAUUGUCUGCGGUGUGA